GAUCUCUCCCCCCCCCCCCACUCUCCUCUCCAAAAACCCUAGAUCCAAAUCCAAUGGCUGAUUCGAAGAAACCAAAGCACCAGAGAUACCACUCCACCGCCAUCGAGUCCAUGUAUCCACUCCUCGCCCUGAUGCUCAUACUCGUCGCCUGCGUCGAGCUUUGCGACGCCGCAACCGUCGUCGACGCUUACCGUCUCAUCCAGUACGACAUCUCCGGCGUCCCUUUCGGCUCUCGCUUCUCCUCGCUCAAUCACCACGCCGCUUCCCUCAGCUUCCAGCGCGGCGCGGAUCUGUCUCGCUCCGUGCUUAUCCUCCCGCUUCGUGAGCUCGAUCUCGGAUUCCUUCAAGAUUACAUCUCGCAGAAGCAGUCGCUUGGAGGAUUGUUGAUUUUGCUUCCCGAGAGGUUUAGACCUGGAAACGUUGGUGGUGGAGAUGUGAUCUCGGAAACGGAAGGGUUGAGGAAGUUAUUGGCGCAGGUUGAGAAGUUACUUGUUCAUGGAAACAUACCUUUUCCGGUGUACUUCGCGUUUGAGAAUGAAGAGACUGAUGCUAUGCUGGCUGAUGUGAAGAAGAAUGACGCGCUUGGUUUACAAGCUACUGCUACCACUGGCGGGUAUAAGCUUGUUAUCUCCGUAUCAGAGCCUAGGAAAAUUCCAUCCCCCACCAUCACAAACAUUCAGGGAUGGCUUCCAGGAUUGAGAGCAGAUGGAGAUUCCAACCAGCUUCCAACAAUUGCUAUUGUUGCAUCCUAUGAUACCUUCGGAGCAGCUCCUGCACUAUCAGUUGGAAGUGAUAGCAAUGGAAGUGGGGUCGUGGCGCUCCUUGAAGUAGCUAGACUAUUUUCCACUCUUUACUCAAAUCCCAAGACAAGAGGAAGAUACAAUUUACUUUUUGCGCUGACAUCUGGUGGACCCUACAACUACGAAGGAACUCAGAAGUGGCUGAAGAGCCUUGAUCAGAGGAUGCGUGAGAGCAUUGAUUAUGCCAUUUGCUUGAACAGUGUUGGCUCCUGGGACAAUGAACUAUUGGUUCACGUGUCAAAGCCUCCGGAUAACGCGUAUAUUAAACAAAUUUUUGAGGGAUUCUCUAAUGUGGCAGAGGACUUAGGUUUUCAAGUUGCUCUAAAGCACAAAAAGAUUAAUAUCUCUAAUUCACGAGUUGCUUGGGAGCAUGAACAAUUUUCAAGACUUAGGGUAACUGCAGCCACUCUAUCCGAACUUCAGAGUCCACCCGAGUUACUGGAAAAUGCUGGAAGUCUGUCUGACACAAGGCAAAAUGUGAAUGAGGAUGCUAUCAUCAAGGGGGUCAAGUUGGUGGCUGAAAGCCUUGCGAGACAUAUAUAUGGUCACCAAGGAAAAGACAUCAAGAUUUUUGCAGAUGACAGUAGUUUGGCUGUAAAUCCCCAUUAUGUGAGAUCAUGGUUGGAUCUUCUGUCACAAACUCCUCGGGUGGCACCGUUUCUUUCAAAGAACGAACCAUUUAUCAUGGCUCUGAAGAAGGAACUAGAGGAUUAUACUGCUGAAGUGAGUAUACAGCAUGAAUCUUUAGAUGGAACUUUUACAUUUUACGACUCAACAAAGGCUAGCCUUAACAUAUACCAGGUGGCGAGUGUAACAUUCGAUUUACUCUUGCUUCUGGUGUUAGGAUCAUACUUGAUAGUGCUUUUCAGUUUCCUCGUCAUCACAACUCGGGGUCUGGAUGACUUGAUAAGCUUAUUCCGCCGGCCUCCUUCCCGGAAAGUGAAAAUGGUUUGAUUCCCUUCCUUGCCGGAAAGUUACAUUAUGAAUCACUGAAGAAAGAAUUCACAAAGAGAAGAAGCAAAAGAAAAUGAGUUUGUUCCCCCUCUUCUACUUUUUGUUUUGAUGUAUGCCUCUUUCUUUGUCGCUUCUUAUUAUUUUGCAAAAGAAUAAAAGAUCUAACAUUGUAGUUUUCGUUUAAUUUCUUUGGUUACCUUAAAAUUAAUGUCUCAUCCUCUCUUUCUCUCGAGUCUCGAGAGAAUCCUCUUUCCCAAGUCACGUGUAAUUUACUUAACUUUUAAAUCACUAAAUUUACCUUUUAACUCUGAAU